AUGGACUCCGAAGCCAUGGCAGAGGAGGAGAAGACGGGUGUGGGCCCCCAGGCCCCCCAGGACAACUCGAACACUGGGACCCAGGAGCGGUCGGAGAUCGAUGCGGAGGACGGACUGGAGGAUGCGCAGGAGCCACGACGCGCACUGCCGGCUGCGUCCUUCAUUGGAAAGCUUCGGCAGACUCUUCAGCGGGCCAACCAAGCGCUGACCAACGUUGGAUCCACGCCAGAUCCGUUGCCGAACCACAUCCCUAUCAGCGACAUGGUCUCCUUGUUGGACGAGAAGGCCAGAAGGGCGAAACCAGCUCCGAGCUAUUGUGUGUAUCAUAUGGACAACUAUGUUGUUACACGUGCCAUGUUAAUUGACAUUCCCCUGCAGCUGACCACGCUCGUCCAGCUGACCACGCCACCGCCGAGGCCGCCUCCGCCCAAAGUGAUCUCGACAGGGCCUCUCGGACCCCUCAUGCGGCGACCACUGGAGGAGAGAAUGGUGCCGGACCAGGGGGAGGGACGACGACGCACACUGCCGGCUGCGUCCUUCAAAGGAACGCUUCGGCAGACUCUUCAGCGGGCCAACCAAGUGCUGACCAACAUUGGCGGCCAGGCCGUGCCACUGCUGGGCGAUGCCUGCAUUAGUGACCUGGUCUACACGGUGGACAAGAGGGAUCCAGCCUUCACGAGGGGGCCGCUGGCGGCCGCAUCCACGUAUCGGCCCUGGGUUGCCUAUGAGAGCACAGGCCACCUGGCAGGCAGCAGUGCAGUAGUCGGGGCCGAGACCAUAUUGAUCGAAGUGGGUGGCGUUGGCAUGGACACUUGUGGGCUGCCGAUCACAGGCAUCGGCACCUGGUGGACCGAAAUGGGCGGCCUUGGUUUGGAUAUGCUCGAUGCAUCGGCGAGGGCUGCGAAGCUUCUGGAAGUCGGUGGCUGUGGCGUCACCUUCAAGCACCUUUCCGUGUGCGACGUGGCGCCGAAUGUGCAGAAAGGUCUGCUUCGGGACAGCUUCUUCGGCAAGUGCUGUGUCUUCACAAACGUGAUGGAUCAGGUGGACCCCCGGUCCCGCAAACAGUUGGAGUCUGCGGAGGGUGUGGAUGCCAUCAAGUCAAUCAUGCAGACGGCAACUUUCGAGAACAAAGCUCGCUGUCUUCGUCACGGAGAGGUGAUCAUUGUGGAAAACGUCGUGAGUGGAACGAUUCAACGGUUGACCGCCGAGUACGUCACCAGGAUGAUUUUCCUCCACAAAAGCAUUGGGGAGUUCAUGGACGAGCCACAAGACUGCUACGACCACAUGUCCCGUGAGAUCAGCUCUGCCCAAGUCCACAUCCCAGACCUCUUCUGGCUGACGGAUAAGGGGCUCCUGACAGAGGAGCUGCGUAACCGUGCGACAAAGAAUCGUACCUUCAGCGAAACCUGGGAGCUAUUCGGCCGACGCAGCAAUCCCAAUGUUGUUUUCUUUGAGACUGCUGCCUGGGAGAAGCUUGACAAGACUGGUCUUGAGAAGGAACUUCAUUGUGCCGUGCCUGGACAGACCCCGAAGUACAUGAAGAUCACUUGCGGGAACAGGUGCCUGCCAACAUUUACGACAGCCGACUUCAUUUUCAAAAGGGACAUCGCUCGAUGGAUGACAGGGCACGAGAAACUAGCGGCUCUCGGCUUCCCCGUGGGCGAAGCUAUCGCGGCUGCGUAUGGGACGGCGAUGGUGUUGUUAUCCGCGCUGGCUUGCAUCCGAUUCCGUCCUGAUGAUGGGCCACCACUUUACAAAUGUCCUGAGGACAGAAUUCUCAUCGAGACGCAGCCGAAUGGACUUUGCUUUUGGACAUGCCUUUUCCUCGGUGCCGUGGCGUCAUCGUCCCAACUGUUGGGUUUCUACAACACGCCACGAUUGCCAAACGGCAUGCCCAGUGGCGACGCUGCAGAGAAAGAGACUGACGACAUCAGAGAAUGGGCCUUGUCACUGGACAACCCGCCAGGGAGGAUGCCACGGCAAUGCAGGCGACGCAUUAUCAAAGGCGAGAGCGCUGUCAUACCCGACAUUGAGUGGGCGGCUGAGACCUUCGACGUCACGUUGAUGUUCUUCACUGGCAAGCGCCCGCCUCUGCCUGGCGAUGUUCCUGCAUGGCGUGCAGCGUCCAAACCAUCGGUCAAGAAAGAGCUUCCGGAUCCGGAAGCGAAGCCUCUGAAACUGCCGGAACAACAGACGAACAUGGCUGGGAGCCUUCUUGACCAGCUGAAGGCUGCAUCGGUGGUUCGCGACGAAGCCAGGAAGCACUUCGUCGUGCAGGGCCCGAACGCGAAGCUUUACGUCAAGGAUGAGGAUUUCCAAGACAAUCCAGAGCUUGCGGCGAACGUGGCCCUGUCAGUGGAGAACUUUCAUCAGAUGACCCUGGCAGAGUUCGGGCUCAAAUCCAUGGCCGACUUGAGGACGAUUGCGAAAGACCAUGACCUUCCGGCAGGGCGACGGAAAGAUGACUUGGUCAAGAAGCUGGUUCAACACCUUUGCUUCUUGCCCAGUGCAGGAAAACUCGCAGGUUAUUUUUCGAAAGGCCCCGCGGUGCCAGACGACACCGAGCCCGCCAGCAAAAAGCAGCGACUCGCAACACAGCAAGGGUUCAAGGACCUGACACAAGCAAACAUCAAUGCACUGUUCGCAGGCAAGAAGAUGCAGCCGGGCCCCAAACAACCAGCGAAGCCAGCACCAUCGAUGCGUGAUUUCACACAACACAACAUCGACAAGAUGUUUGGGGCUGCACUGGCACCAGCACAGGCCUCUGGUGCACCGAUGAUCAGUGUCCCUGCGCAAGCCCCAGCAGAGCAGCCAGCUGCACAGGGAACCAUGUCCGAGAAUCACACCCUCGCGCAGGAGACCCCAGUGGCCCCGAGCAGUGCUAACAUGGCACCUGAAGCACUUACAAUCAACACAACGAUGCCGAACAUUCCUACCGAGCCCAGUGUUCCUGAGCAAGCCCCAGCAGACCAGCCAGCACAGGGAUCCGUGUCCGAAAAUCCCACCCUCGUGCAGGAAACCCCCGUGGCCCCGAGCAGUGCUAACAUGGCACCUGAAGCCCUUCCAGCCGCAGCAACCAUGCCUACGGCCCAGACCCUGCCAGAAACCCGGAAAGCAGCCGAGAUCCCAAGUGCCCCUGAGCGAGCCCCAGCAGCGGAGCAGCCAGCACAGAGACCCGAAAAUCCCACCCUGGCCGCCCUGAGCAGUGCUAACAUGGCACCUGAAGCCAUUCCAAACAACGCAACCGCCCGGACCCUGCCAGAGGCCCAGAAAGCAGCCGAGAUCCCAAGUCCCCGUGAGCAGCCAGCACAGGGAACCGUGGCCACUCUCACGCAGGAGUGUCCAGUGGACCCAAGCAGUGCUGACAUGGCACCCGAAGCCCUCCCAACUGCAGCAACCAUGCCAGGCAGUCCGACGGCCCAGAAUUUGCCAGAAACCCAGAAAGCAACCGAGAUCCCAAGUGCCCCUGAGCAAGCCCCAGCAGCGGAGCAGCCAGCACAGAGACCCGAAAAUCCCACCCUGGUGGCCCCCAGUGCUAACAUGACACCUGAAGCCAUUCCAUCCACUCUCGUGCAGGAGUGUCCAGUGGACCCGAGCAGUGCUGACAUGGCACCCGAAGCCCUCCCAACUGCAGCAACCAUGCCAGGCAGUCCAACGGCCCAGACCCUGCCAGAAACCCAGAAAGCAGCCGAGAUCCCAAGUGCCCCUGAGCAAGCCCCAGCAGCGAAGCAGCCAGCACAGAGACCGGAAAAUCCCACCCUGGUGGCCCCGAGCAGUGCUAACAUGGCACCCGAAGCCAUUCCAAACAACGCAACCGCCCGGACCCUGCCAGAGGCCCACGUGUCCACUCUCAUGCAGGAGUGUCCGAGCAGUGCUAACAUGGCACCUGAAGCCCUUCCAGCCGCAGCAACCGUGCCUACGGCCCAGACCCUGCCAGAAACCCAGAAAGCAACCGAGAUCCCAAGUGCCCCUGAGCAAGCCCCAGCAGCGAAGCAGCCAGCACAGAGACCCGAAAAUCCCACCCUGGCGGCCCCGAGCAGUGCAGGUGCCAUUCCAAACAACGCAACCGUCUGGACUCUGCCAGAGGCCCACGUGUCCACUCUCGUGCAGGAGUGUCCAGUGGACCCGAGCAGUGCUAACAUGGCACCCGAAACCCUCCCAACUGCAGCAACCAUGCCAGGCAGUCCCACGGCCCAGACGAUGCCAGAAACCCAGAAAGCAACCGAGAUCCCAAGUGCCCUUGAGCAAGCCCGGCAGCCAGCACAGAGACCCGAAAAUCCCAACCUGGUGGCCUCGAGCAGUGCUAACAUGGCACCCGAAGCCAUUCCAGACAACGCAACGCUGACCACCCGGACCCUGCCAGAUGCCCAGAAAGCAACCGAGAUCCCAAGUGCCCAUGAGCAACCAGCCUUGGGAACCCUGUCCGAAAAUCUCACCCUCGUGCAGGAGUCCCCAGUGCCCGAAGCCCCCCCAGACACAGCCCUUCCACAUGCAGCAAUGAUGCCAGGCAGCCCUAUCACCAGGAGAGCAGAGGAGACAACCGCGAUCCCCAAUCCAAGUACGCCUGACAGCUUGUUUGAAAGGGGACCUUGGACCCCAGAACACAACCCAGACCAGCAGUCCGAGACACAUGUCAAGAUUGAACAUGACAGCCCCCAGCCGCUUUCUCCUUCUCCUUUUGACAUCGAGGACAUUGCAAAGGAACCAGCGCUUGGCAAGACUAAUGCUAACGUGGCAUGUGAAGUCCUAUCUGCAGCCGCGGCACCCGCAGCACCGAUCCAGGACAUGUGCCCCUCUGACACUGCUCAGCCGCAGCAAGACAAGCCCAAAUCAAAGGCAGCAGUGAAGUUCGCAGCUAAGAAUGCAGCCAAAAAAGCAGCAAAAGCAAAAGCGAAGGCAAAAGAAAAGGGAACAGUGACGCCGAAGGCAAGCAGUCAGAAAUUGGCCAAGGACGGGGCUGGUUCCGGGACUUAUGGGGCAAAUUUGCCGCCCGCAGAAUCUUCAGGGGCUGCCAGCAGCAGUGACAAGCCACCGGAAGCUCCUACGGACGAAGGUUCCAUCGUCGCCUAUUCUGUUGGAAGCACGUUUGGCAAGACAGCUGUGGCUCGGAGUCAGAAACACAAGUUUGAGAGCUGCGAGUUGGCACUGCAGAGCAUAGUGCUGAAGAAGUUCCGCAUGGCGUUGGAACCAGGCUUCGCAAAGGAGUACUUGGCAUUCUGUGGCUUGGGCAUCGUGAAGCAGUACAAGAUCGAUCGCAAGAACUUGAAAGGCUUAAUCAUGGGAAAGUUUUCGGACCACCAACGAAUGUGGAAGCAUGCCGAACAGCGACUACACGGUGGGGUUGGGAUGAUUAUUCUUUGUGAGAAUCAUGAGCUGAGCAUUGCAGAGGUACUGGAGUCACAACCCUUGUCAACCUCCCCAGCAGAGGACAUUAUUAUUUGCACAGUGCCAGAAGGUGGCCCCCUCGGCACAGAGGACGAUGAGUUCUCGAAUGUGAAGUUCACCGUGGUGUCAGUGGCCACAGGCGAGCCUUGUGGAAAGACCAUCAAUGUCGAAUUCUUUUCGGAUGGCAAGCUUGGAGCCCUUUCUGGUGGCUUGUUGCGCAUGGAAGACUUCAGGAAGGCAAAGUCGCGGGAGGAUGUGAGCCAGAUGCCCCUGGCGGCCGUGGACAUGCAAAUUGCAGAGCUGGACAAGGCAGACUUGGACCCGCCACCGACUCAGACCAAAGGGAUGAAGCGAGCACGCGACCAAAUUGAGUUGGAGAACCUCCAGGUGGUGGAAGCAACUUUAUCUAGGCAGGACCAUUUGGUCGCUGUGGCUCAACAGUGGAGAAACCUGCUGGAACUCAUGGCUGUGCCUGACAGUGACAGCCAUGGCAUGCGAAAGCCAGCGGAGACGGCGUGGCGUGAAUGGUUCGAACAUGUGUUGCAGGCCUCCUUGCUUGACCCACCAGGGUGGACAGAUAGGAAGCCAGCCAUGCCGUAUGUGGAGAUGCUCGCAGCAGUGUCCUUGCUAUACACGAGGGCAAACGAAGCGGCAGGCAGGGCCAAGACUGCACAUGCGAGGGCUCAGCAACGCUCGGAUCGCAGCCAAAAGUACCACCAACGGAAAGAAGAAACGGCUCGAGAACGCUUUCGUCAGCGACUGGAUGAGAAAGAGACCAUGGAAAUUGAAGAGUCGGCCAAGCCGCUCGUUUGCACCUGGUCCACCUGGCAACGCCGUCGUCAGCUCUACCACGCCAAAGCAAAGGUGAAGCCUGAUAACGGGCAAUUCCGCAAGCAGCUCCGGCCGCCCAGGACGUUGCAGACGAUCGAGGCCAAGCUGAAGGUGCUGGACUACUAUGAGGGCUUGCUCAAAGAGAAGCGGAAGGCUGCACAAGUACUUUGUGCCCCAAAGCAAAGUGCUCGAACACGCGAGUCCAAAGCGUCACUCGCAGAACAAAGGAAGCAAGCGAAGGACGUGAAAGCUCGGAACCUGCAGCGACUCUGCGAGGAAAAAUUCCCCCUGACGGUCAAGAAGUCCAUGGUCUGCAGGUGGCUCAAAGCUUCCAAACGGGAGGCCUGGCGUGACUUGCCUUCGCUGCUCAGGAGCCGGAUGUGUGCAACCACGAAUGCCUGGCGUGUUCGUUUGGGCCUUCAAGCCAAGGGCCGCACCAAGGGUGGCGCCUACCCGUGCGACCUACAAAGGGAGCUGGACUGGCUCGUGUACGAGCACGCCAACGGACUUUCAUCUGUAUCAGCACGGCACGAGGUGGUGACAAUCGAACACGUCGAGACGAUGACCGGUUUGGUCAACGACUGGAAUGCUGGUCUGGACGUGGCCACGCAGGCAGUGAUGGAUCACAACGAGGGCGUGUCCCAGCAAGCGCACGCUGGAACGAUGUCUGCGGAGCAGGCAACGAGGGAUGCACAGGCCCUCACCAUGGUCCUACCGAAGCCUCGCCCUUUGAAGCCGCCGUCGAGACAAUGGGCUUCCUGGUUCUUGCGGCAGUAUGGGUGGUCGCUCCUGAGUCGCGGGAACGACACCCAGCUUUCUCUUCCAUACUGCCACGAGGAUAUGAGGCGAGCUCGAGAAGCCUACCGUGCCUUGGUCGACGACAAGGGCGUGCAUGGUGCGCUGGUGUUGAACUUCGACCAGCUUUGGAGAACUGCGUGGGGCUCGAACUCGAAACUUCUGUUCAAGACUGGCUGUCCGGGGGAGCCAUCGCAGAAGUCGAAGGCUGGAGCACGGACAUCGAAAAAAAUCGACGCCGUGAAGCACCAGCGCCGAGGGAUGACGGCAGUCACCACGUCGUGGAGCGAUGGGACCGCCGGUCCCAUCGCGUUCUGCGUCCCUGAAGGACGCAUCUCGGCCGAGGAGAUGGCGAAGUUCAACAAGGAGCACAGGGGGCGAUCGUACGUGCUGUCGUCCGGCAGCAAAACUCACUUCCUCACCGCGGACACCCUCUUGAUCCUCUACGAACAGCUCUUUUCCCCAGCCUUGAUGCUGCAGCGACAGAGGCAUGGCGUGGGCAAAGAGGAUGGCAAAGCCGCGUUCCUCUGCGAUGCCUGGUCUGGUACUUUCGCAAACAGCAGGGGCGAGGACUUGCGAAGGAGCACAACAUCGUCCCCCCUCGUCUUCAACCUGGCGGCUGGAGUUCUCACGGACAGCCAGUUGAUCAGAUUUGAGGACUUGACUCUGAGGGCAUCAGGGCAAGUUGCGCAGGACGCGCGCCCCAUGAUCGAGAUCGCCAAAAUCAGUCUCGAGGCAUGGAAGCAACUUGAUAGGGCGGUGUUCCAAGCUGCCUGGGUCAUCUGUGGCUACACCACAGUGGAAGAGCUGUCGGUGUACGAUGGUCAGCUUGCAGCUGUGGGCAUGGAUGCUGAGGUGGCACAGCAGACGCUGUCCGACUUGUUUUCAAAGUAUGGCAAGCAUUUCACACCGCAGCUCUGCACAGCAAUGGAGUGGCAAGUGAAGGCAACCGUCGGUGAUGUUUGGACGCCACUACCCUACGAGUUUGCUGGCGCGGUGGUGAGGACAAUGGUUUUGCAUGUGCGCAAGCUGCAGGCCGCCAGGGAGGAGUACCAGAACCUGAGGGAGCGUGACCCGGCCGAAGCCCUCGAGAAGACGGUGCAAGCAAAACGAGAAGUUGCAAAGCUCGAGGAUGGAAAACGGUACAUUGUGAUGAAUCGACGGACUGGCCAAAUCGCCACGGUCGACUGGUUGACCAAGCAUGUGAAGGUGUCCGAAGGCCGCCCUGAACCCAAAGAUGCCAGGACCAAGAUUUGGAUCAUGACCCUGGUGUUUCGUCUGCUUGCCGGGGAGCGCGUGUCGCUCGCCCUGUCGAUGUCCAAUGGCGAGCCUCCACUGCCUGUAAGAUGCUGGCGCCUGGAUGGGGUGGAACGAGACCAGCUGCCGGAGCUCGUGGGAGGUUACCAGCAUGUGUUGGAGGAAGAUGAGCCGUUUCAGCACGAGGACGAAGACAGUGAAAGCAACCAUGAUGGGGCAGAUGACGGGGAGCAAAGUUCGGACACGGAGGCGGGUUCCGAGCGAGGCGUCGCCGAGGCGACGGAAGCAGCUCAGCGUCCUGACCAAGGGGCCCGCCAUCGCAAGCGGGCUGCGGCAAGCAGUGAAGACGAGGACCCGGAUGAGACGGACCAGGGCCGGGAGAACCCUGCAGCCUUCGAGGACAUGAUUGUUGCAGGUGGUGACCCCGUGGAAUCGAACCGAUCGCGGAACUGGGCGCCUCCGAGCUUCUUUGAGCGAGACGUCUACAAGGCGUUGUCGCAGGAGGGCCUGACGGUGCUCCCGCCGCAGCCUGGCUGCGGCCUGCGGUACCACAAGCAGAACAAGCAGUGGCACGCGAUUUCAGCCUCGGGCACGCAAUUCUGCAAGACCUGGGGGCUCGAGAGAUCAGAACGUUUUGCUCUACUUUCUGCUUUGGUGAUGUUGUGGUCAGAGCGUGUGGAGCUUCAUCCUGCUGACAAACAUGCAGCCGAGCACUUGGUGGUCUUGAAAACCAAGCUCGAGGAGGCUAAGGGCAGGUGGAUCAGUUCAGGUGAGUCCACAUGUGCCGGGGGUGGCAACAUUGACUAUGGCUUGCUGGCGCCGGUCUUGGCGGCCGGAGCCUCCUUGUCUGUGGAUUGGAUCACCCCUUUCGCUCCCCAUGCGGCCCUGCAUUGGUCGCUUCAGCUGCAGCACUUUGAUGUUAAGCUUCCCCAGCUUGCGCCCGUCAGGCCAGCCCAGGUGCAACCCCGGCCGUUCGAGCUCCGCUUGGCCAUUGAUGAGCAGGGUGAGCAAGCUGCGCAGGCCCACACGGAGAGGGCUGUUCACCUUCUUGGGGUGGAUGUCGCGAAUCCGGGUUUAAGUGCUCUGUUUGCCAGCCUCAGUUGCGACGUUGAGCUUUCCGUUUACAGUGCCAGCCAAGGCCGGGGUUCUCAGGUUAGGUGCCAAAGGAAGCCGUUGCUUGUUCAGAGGGCCCCGCUUGCUGGGUGGGGUGGUGCGCAGGCUUCAUUUUGGAAUCGUAUGGUGGUCUGGUUGGAGGCUUGUUCUCGGUCUUUCCAUGUCAGCCCCUUCGCCCAACGGGCCGUGCAGAAGCUGAAAGCCAUGUGGCAUGGUAAUGCUUCGGAGGCUGAGGCCUUUUGCUCGGAGCUUAGGGCCACGAUUGAUAACGGGCACGCUGGGUCAUUGCCGGGUUUGCUUGUAACUGCUAAGGGGCAGCAUAAACUUCAUUUUAAAAAGUGGCAACAAGAGAAAAAUGCCUCCUAUGCCAAAUGGCUCCGGCAAGCCUCCUUGAAGGGUAUGCGACCCUUGUUCAAAAGUGUUAAGUCUGAAGAGGUCAUCACCAUUCGCCCCUUUCUUGAUGCGCCCGUCCAGGAACGCAUUUAUCUUCGGUGGCGCCAAUGGUUUGAUUUGUGGUCGCACCCGGACGGGGUCGAUCCGGCUUUGUUGGCAUCUCUCAAGGCGGCAGCCAUUGAGCAAGCGGGCAGACUGCCCCCGAUUUCUUUGGAUCGGGCGGUUUCUUUCUUUAAGAAGGUUCCUUGUAAGGCUGCCUAUGCUAGGCAGGCUCAAUGGGACAAGGCCGUCCCGGGGGGCCAGGUCCUUGAUGUGGCCCUUGCCAGGCAACAUGUCCGUUCCGUUGCGAGGGUCUUCCGCAGAUGGCAGGGUGUAGAUCCAGACAAGUUUCGUUCGACAUGGGCCAGCAUUUGGCUGUGGCUUGUUGCGGCACAGCACCCGUGGAAGCGGGUCAAUGGUCCGCUCGCGGCCUUAAUGGCCUAUCUUGGUGAACUCGGUGUUCAGGCGCCCCAAGCUCAUCACUGGCAUAAGGGCGACAGCCACCUAACGAUCGAUUGGUCCAGCCUGGAUGCCACUCGUCGUGUGUGGCAGUGGCUCCUGCCCCUGUGGGAAGAGGCUCGCUUGCAGCGGGUGGCCAAACUGGAGGGGUGCCAUGCGCUGGACUUGGGGGUUGAUUUUGCGGUUCAGGACCGCCUCCAAAAGCGAAAGUUUUUCAACAAAAACAUGGCCGUUAACCUGCAAGCGUUGUGGCAAGGUGCUUUGUUGAGCAGGUCCAAGCCGGGGUGGUGCACAGCUUGCAAUUGCCCACUUGAUUUGCAACACGUCUUGUGGGACUGUCCCUUCAUCUCUGAUAAAUUUCCUUUGCCUCCGCAUCUCCGUGAAGCCCGCGCAAAGUUCCCUUGGCCGAGUCUCUGGCUCAGAGGAUUGGUUCCCAAGGACGUUACCAGGUUGGGUGUGUUACGGAACUCCUCUGGUUGUGUUGUGGACGGGUUGUGGCAAAAUCGACAUGUCCUCAACAGCGACUCCUUGGUUUUUGCUUCGGAUGCUUCAGGGGGCCCUGGAGCCAGGGAUCAUAGAUCGGCCUGUGUGGCAUGGGCCUGCGCGGCCUACAAGCUCGAGCCCGAUGGCCCCAAACGUGUGGCAAGCAUCACUUGUUUCCCGGAGCAGCCCUUGACAGUUGCCAGUGCGGAGCAGCAAGCCGCCUAUGAGCUUUUCAGUAGGGUUUCGGGUUCCUUCGAUUUGACGGUGGACUGCAAGGCGGUCACGCAGGUUGUAGCCAGGCCGUCGCCGCCACUUGAUGGCCCGGAUGCUUCUUAUUUUGCCGAACGAGGCAUCCCGGAGUGGCGCCGUCUUAUCAAUGCUGAUGUAGAUGAGCUUUGUGGUUCGAGGGUCAUUCCGGGGGACAAGUUUGUGAAGCCAAUAUCGGGGCCAAAAGUUUGCAAACCCAAUAAAAGGCAGCGUCUCAAAGACAUGCUUGCAAACCCCGAUCCUGCUUUGGGCCAUGUUUGGCGGGACUGCGAGUCCAAAGCCGUGAACAAUUUCGCGAUUCAGUGCACGGUUUGCAAGCUUUACGUGGAGCAAUGCAAUGCUCAGGAUGUCUUUAAUCGCAAGGCGUCCAACCCUUGUCAGGGCAUCGUGGGCACAGUGCCGCCGAUUUGGCAGGAGAUUGCCAAUGACACAACGGCCACGACUCACGUGAUUCAUCAUGUGCCGAAAGCUCCAGCCAAACCAAAGGGGAAGCCCAAGGCCAAAAGCAAGGAUUCUUUCCGGCAGACCCGCCUGUCCUUCAAUUAA